AUGUUUAUUAAGAAGUUACAUUUAGAUAAUUUUAAAAGUUUUAAAGAUCCUUUAACGUUAGAAUUCGAUAAAAAGAACAUAAUAAUAGGCAAGAAUGGUUCUGGUAAAUCUAAUUUGAUGUCAGCUCUUUUCUGUGCAUUUCUCGUAGAUAAAAAAUUUGCUACUAAUGUAAAGUAUAAUAACAAUGAAAGAGAGGCUUAUAUUAUUAUAGAAAUAGAUAACAGCGAUAGAAGGUUUAUUAGUAAUGAAAUUAAUUUAUCUAUUAAAGUUGUAUUCACUACCAAUUCAAUUAAUUAUUAUGUUAAUGAAAAGAUUAUAACUAAAGAUGAAUUACAGGGAUUAUUAGAGAAUGCAGGAUUACACCAAUAUAGUUUUAUUUGUCAGGGAUUUAGAGUAGUAGAUAAUAUUUAUGGUUUAAUAUAUAAAGUAGCAGGAGCUGAAAAGUUUGAAGAAUAUAAAGAACAAGCUAUUAAAAAUCUUGAUAAUACUGAAGUAGAUAACAUGAUAGAAAAAUUAGAAUAUAAAACUGCUAAAUAUACAGAAUUUAGUAGAAAAUUAGAAAAGUAUAAUGAAUUAUCUAAUAAGAAGAAAGAAAUUGACUUUGAAUUAAUUAGUUAUGAAAUACAAGAACUAACUGAUAAAAUCAAUAAUAUGAGUAAUUUAGUUAAUAAAAGUGAAGAUAACAUGGAAUUAGAAAUUGAUGAUAUUAGAGAGAAAAUGGUUAAAAAUAGAAAUGUUUUAAAUGAUAUAAAUAGAAAGUUAAGUAAUGUUGAACCAAGAGUUUUAGAAAUGUUAAAAAAUAAGGUUAAUCCAUUUACUGAUAAAUUAGAUGAGUUGUUAAGUGAAGAGAAAGAAUUGAAUGAGAAAUUAAAAAAAUUAAAAGAAAAUGAAAUUAGCAAUGUUAUUUAUGCUAAAUCUGUAAAGUAUUGGAAAGCAUUUCAAGAUAAGCAUUGGACAUUAGAAGAGAUUAAAGAGAAUUUAAAACAAAAAGAAUGUGAAUUGAAUAAUUUUACAUUAGUUGAUAAAAAUAUUUCAGCAUUAAUUUCUAAAAAGAAGAGUUUAUCAAUUAAGAGGAAAGAAUUAGAAGAUAAGAUUAAAGAAUUAACUGAAAGAGAGAAUAGUCUUAGUAACAAAAUGUUAUAUUUAGGUAACCAGGCUAUUAAUGCCAGUGAGCAUGUUAAAGACAAUGAAGGUGUAAUUGGACCAGUCUAUAAUUUGAUAAAGGUACCUGAACAAUAUGAAGAGGCAUUUGAAGCGGUAGCUAAAAACUCACUAUUCUAUUUGGUUGUUAAGAAUGAAAAUGUUGGAUUAGAGUGUUUAAAGAAAAUUGAAGGUAAAUUAACAUUUAUUCCGUUAAAUAGAAUUAAAAUAAGAAAUAAGGUUAUAGGAGAUAAAUCUAUUAAGAAAUUAUCAGAUCUUAUUAUAACUGAGAAGAAAACAUUAGAUGUGGAUUAUAGAAGGUUGGUUGAAUUUAUUUGUAAAAACUAUUAUGUUGUUAAUGAUUUACAAAAAGGAAUUAGUUUAUCUGAAAAGUAUAAUAUUAAUAUUGUUACAGUAGAGGGAGAUGUUAUUACUAAUGAAGGAAUUAUCACAGGUGGUUAUGAAAUGAAUAAUUUUGUGUUGAGAGAUUUAAGACGUGUACAGGGAAUUCUUGAUAACCUUAAAAUUGAUUUGAUUAAUAUUAAAAAAGAAUUAGACAUAGUAAAUGAUGAAAUAAACAUUUACAAUUUAGAAGAAGGUAGUAAUAAAACUAAAGAAGAAUUUAGAUUAGAAUGUUUAGGAAUAAUUGAAUUUUAUAAAUUAAGAAUAGCAUAUAUUGAGGGUGGUAAAAAAGUAUUACAUUUAAAGGAUUCAUCAGUAACUGAAAGUGAAAUUAAUGAAUUUAAGAGACAACAGUUAAUUGUUUUAGAGAAAUUAAACAGUCUUAGAAAAGAAAUAUUUAGAAGACAAUCAAAAAUACUGAAAUCUGAAGCAGUAAUUGAAUUAUUAAAAAAGAAAGAAGAAAUUGAUAAAGAAAAUUUAAAACUAAAAGAAUCUGAAAAUUUAUUGUUAAAUGAUUUAAUUAAAAAUCAAAAUAAUCUAACAAGUGAGAAUUCAAGUGUAAAAAGUAUUUUUAUUUCUAAACGUAAUGAAUUGAUGAAAAAGAUAGGACUUAAAGACUUUACUAGAGUUAUACAUAAGAAAUAUGUUAAUGAAGAUAAGGAAUCAUUGAUGAUAAAAUUAAAGGAUGUUGUUAAUGAAAUGAAACCAUAUCCCAUGUUUAGUGAGAAUCAAAUACAUAAUUUAAAAGGUUUUGACAGGAUGAUAAGUAUACAAAAUGUUAAAAAUGAAUUAAAUAAGUUAAAAAUUGAGAAAGACAGUAUAUUUAGUUAUUUAACCUACGUAGAGAACGAAAAGAAUAGUAAAAUUGAACUUACAUUCAACAUGAUUAGUGAUAAUUAUAAUCAAUACUUUAAGUAUGUUACAGGUGAUGAAUCUGAAAUGAAAUUAAUUGAAGAUAAAACAGUUGAAAUAUUCAUAAACGGUAAUAAGAUUAAUAUUAAUUCUUUAAGUGGAGGUCAGAAAACAAUUAUUUCUAUUUGUAUAUUAUUUGCUAUACAAAGAGUUGAUCCAUCACCGUUUUACGUAUUUGAUGAAAUUGAUGCUAAUCUUGAUCCUGAAUAUUGUUUAAAGAUUUAUGAAUUAAUUAAACAAAGUGACUUUCAGUUUUUUAUAUCCACAUUUAAACUUCAGGGACUUGAAUGUGGUAAUAAAUUUAUUGGUGUUGCUGUUAAAGACAAAGUAUCGCAUGCAGGUGAAAUUAAUUAUGAAUUGGCUAAAGAAACAUUACAAACUAGUGAAAUUUAA